AAAAAGAAAUGUCUGAAUUCAAAAAUGUCAACAGAGGAAGUGAAGAUAUGACUUGUGGUUGGUUACUUUGGCAACAAAGCAGUUGCAGGAAAACAACAUUCAUGCAGUUCCAUUCUGAGAGAAACAUGGAUGAGCUCGAUUUGCUUUUGGAGGAGCUAGCCCUCAAUCCGACUGCUUCAGAAGGCAGUCAUGCAACCUCUGGAGAGGUGUCAGCUGAGACUAAAAAGGGGUCUUACCUGGGAAUUUUCAGUGAGUCACCCCCUCUCCAGGGAGCUUCCCAGGACUCACCCACCAUAGAACUGGACUCAAUUUUGCAAGAUCUGAUGAGCCUGGGAUCAGAGGAUGCGGCGGCUUCAUCGCUUUUACAGGAGCAGUCUGUUGAGAAGAAAACAAAAGAUGGAUAUCAGGAUUUAGAUGCAAAUGCUUCAGCAAGGAACAAAGACACAGACAGCAUUGAUGAUCUUCUCGGAGGACUGAGCACUGACUUGGAAAAGAUCGGCGUCCACACUGCAGCCAAGGGCCACUGUGCCGCUUGUAACAAAGUUAUUGUGGGGAAGAUAAUCACAGCAAUGGGUGAAAUGUGGCACCCGCAGCACUUUGUGUGUGCGGUGUGUAAGACGGAGCUGAGCACCACAGGCUACUUCGAGAGGGACGGACGUCCGUACUGCAGGAAAGACUACGAGCAGCUUUUCGCGCCGCGCUGCGCCUACUGCAAAGGGCCCAUUGUGCAGAACGUCCUGACAGCUCUGGACCAGACAUGGCAUCCUGAUCACUUCUUCUGCGCACACUGUGGAGACUUCUUUGGCGAUGACGGUUUCCUGGAGAAGGAUGGGAAGCCUUAUUGCUCCAGGGACUUCUACCGCCUCUUUGCUCCCAAGUGCGCAGGCUGCGGGGGGUCAGUGUUGGAGAACUACCUGACUGCAGCCAACGGCACGUGGCACCCGGAGUGCUUCGUCUGCGCGGACUGUCUGAAGCCCUUCCCUGACAGUCACUUCAUGGAGCUUGAUGGCCGCCCACUGUGCCAGACGCACUUCCACUCCCGUCAGGGAACUCUGUGCGGCGGCUGCCAUCAACCCAUCGUGGGCCGCUGCAUCUCGGCUCUGGAGAGCAAGUUUCACCCGGAGCACUUUGUGUGUGCCUUCUGUCUGCAGCAGCUCAGCCAGGGAAUCUUUAAGGAAAACAAAGGCAGACCAUAUUGCUCUGCAUGCUUUAACAAACUCUUUGUGUAAUGUGUAAAGGUGUAAAAACAGCAACAUUAAGACUCGGGAUUAAUAAAUGCUUUAUCACUGAGGUUAGGAUUUAAUUGUACACCUAGGGGACAAAAAUAUUGGGCCACACCCUUUCACCCAAAGGAAUCCUAGAGACAUUUGAAUGAAUUCAAAUAGCGUGUAGGUCGAAUUUGCCAGGGGAUAUUCAGUUUUUCUUAAAACUAAAUUUCAUCUUUGUGGCUACACACAAACCCGACACAUGUUAAUUGAGAUAAAAAAAACUGUUCCAUUGAAAACCACUGAUAUUGGCAGUUUGCUGCCACACAUUUAUCUCAACACAAACCAACGCAGUCUUUAAUGUUAAGAUUUCAAUUUGGUCUACUGCCCACUAGAUGAUGCUCCUUUUUUCCAUUCAAAGCAUGCAGCUUUAUAUUUCAAACUAUAUUCCGUUACCAGCUGGUGUUACUUUUGUUUUGAAGUUGUUUCAAUAUUUUGUUUGUGUUAAGUGUGCCUUACUACUGAAAUAAUAAGCGUGUCACUACUGUACAACUGGCUUUUCCAAGGUUAUAUACUUUGCCGCCAGAUUGCGCUACGUAUUCCCAUUCAAAGCAUGCAGCAAAAUUAUUAUUUUUACUUUAUUGUUUUAUCUAAACGUGCCUUGCUUUUGAAAUACUAAAUGUAUGUUGCUACAACUACUGGAUUUCAAAUUAAAAAAAUUAUCACUUUUCA